AUGCCUAUCUUCAAGAGACACAGCCUGAGGGCUGGCAACAACAGAACACGGGCCGCAGAGCUCACGCUGCGAGACUCCAUCUUUCCUCUCUGUCUCGUCACAAUCCUCUUCUUCCUCUGGGGCUUCUCGUACGGUCUCAUAGACACACUCAACAAGCACUUCCAAGAGGUUCUGAACAUUACUCGGUCGCGAAGCUCCGGACUGCAGGCAGCCUACUUCGGCGCCUACCCGCUCGCCUCCCUCGGCCACGCAAACUGGAUCCUGCGCCACUUUGGCUACAAAGCUUGCUUUAUUUGGGGCCUCUGUCUGUAUGGGGUCGGCUCGCUCAUCGCAUGGCCGGCCCUUGUGUACCGCUCUUUCGGCGGCUUCUGCGUCGCCAUCUUCAUUACCGGCAACGGCCUCGGAUCGCUCGAGACGGCGGCAAAUCCGUACUUGACCGUGUGCGGUCCGCCCAAGUACAGUGAGAUCAGGAUCAAUAUUGCGCAGGCGUUCAAUGGCAUUGGAACGGUGAUUGCACCCGUCUUGGGGUCGUACGUCUUCUUCAACAAUGUUGACGAUAAGAAUCCGAGCUUGAAGAACGUACAGUGGACGUAUUUGGCUAUUGCUAUCUUCGUUUUCAUACUCGCGUUCGUAUUUUAUGUCACCCCCAUUCCAGAGAUCACGGACGCGGAUAUGGCGUUCCAAGCAGAGGAGACGCACGCUGGAACAGAUGUCAAGCCCUUCUGGAAGCAAUACCGCCUCUUCCAUGCAGCCGCUGCGCAAUUCUGCUACACCGGCGCUCAAGUCGCCAUCGCCGGCGCCUUCAUAAACUACGUCGUCGACACCCGCGAAGGCACCUCCUCUGCGACGGCUGCGCGCUUCCUCUCCGGGGCCCAAGGUGCCUUCGCCCUCGGCCGCUUCGUCGGCUCCUUCCUGAUGAAUUACGUGCGCCCGCGUUGGGUCUUCCUCGCAUUCAUGACAUGCUGCAUCAUCUUCAUCUCGCCCUCGAUCACGCAGCGCGGAAACACCGGCAUGUCAAUGCUCUACGUAACCCUCUUCUUCGAAAGCAUCAUCUUCCCCACCAUCGUGGCGCUCGGCAUGCGCGGGCUGGGGAAGUUCUCCAAGCGCGGCUCUGGCUUCAUCAUCGCCGGUGUGGCAGGCGGUGCUGUCGUUCCGCCUAUCCUGUUCGCGGCAGCGGAUUCCCAGGGACUAGCGGAUUAUGCGACGGGACAUGCGCCCACGGCAAUCGCGAUGAGCGUGCCGCUGGCGUUCUUUCUGGCGGCGUGGACGUACACACUUGCGGUGAAUUUUGUGCCGGCGUACCGCAUUGUCGUCGACAAGUUCCAUACUACGGAGAUUGGGGUCGUGAAUACACACCAGGAUGAGGAGAGCGGAAGCGGAGAGAUUGGUAAGAGCGAGGCUCCUGUGCAGACGAAUGACGUGAAUGCUACACCCAAGCUUGCGUAA